AAGAAGUCUGCAGAAAUAUACGAGUACGCAAUGUAUGUGACUUCCUUUAUGGAAGUCAUUUAGAAAGUUUUAAAUACGUAACAUAUACGAAGCACUCUUCAGCUGUCAGCAGCUGCAGAUCCAUCCAUCCUUACUUACUUUGAUUACUUUGCUUACUCGCAGCAUCCGGUUGGGCGUUAUCAGUGAAUGUAAACCAGUAUAAAGAAUGAUGGUUUUUACACCAAAUCAGAGUUUUGGAGCUCUCAUCCAGCAAAAUCCUCCUUUUUGACGCCCACAACGCGAAAAGCGUCUGACCGCCAAGGUGCGCUGAUGUCAGCACUGGCAGGUGCUUGGUGUUAACGCACGUCGCGUGCACAAGCGCUUCUCUGUUGGAAACCGGCGGACGCAUUGAAACUGACUCUCUAUCUUCGAUGGUACUGAUUUCAGUGCAACUCUGUCCCGCGCUAAAUUCGCAGAACUGAAUCUGCUACGAUGACGAAUUCUUCAUAUGAAAAUGAGGGUAAUCCAUUGUGGAGAGUGGCCUAAUUUGCUCCUGGUUGCACGACAGAAAAUCUUUUCCGAUUCACCAUGAAACCGGUGCAGAAAGUCCUGGAGGAUGCCCACAUGAAAAAGACGGACAUUCAUGAGCAUUUCAGUCAAUUUCCAGCGGACUUUUGUUUCGGCACUCGGACGGUGUCUUCAGUUUAACGAUUAAACCGUCCGCCGGACGUCUUAGAUCACAUGUGAUUUCCAGCCGGCGCCACAUGUGGUUUCCACCAGAUCCACGGUUACACUUUCCAUUCAACGGCGAUUUGUUCAGCAACAUGUUAGUUCGUGAGUCGGGAUUGAUUUCUUAGUUUUGUUAUUAAUUUGGAUUAUUUUAACAACACUCUGAAGAGAAUCAGCGCUACGGUUCAACCUGAAUUUCGAUCUAAUGUAUGCCAUCAAUCAUGACUCCUGGGGGUCUUCUGAGGCACACAUUUUAAGCCCAACGAUGCGCGCCUGUAUAUAUAAUCUGUAUAUAUAAUUUUGAGCAUAAAUCAGAAAUAACCGGUUAUAAUGCAUAUAAACGCAGUUAAAUAUUUUAAAACUGUUACCGUUCAUGCAUUAGUGUCUGCGUAAACCCGUUCAUGCUGCAUCAAUUUCAAAAUUGCCGGAAUGUACAUAAAGACCUAACGGCUUUGACGAAACAUUAAUCUGGGCAAUCUAUUUAAGCAGUCUAACGUGUUAACCGUUCCAACGGCGAUCGUAGCCCUUUGAACAGGAGCAGGGUAGCGAAAAUGUUGCAGAUUUUGUUACGCUGCGGAUUCGCGUGGCUCGUGCUCCUCCAUGGUUCUUCUGUAGCCCGAACGCUGCCAAACGACUGGAGAGACUAUGUUGAUGAUAAUAUGUUGGCAGCCGAGGAUGAUCAGUCGCGAUACAGCAGCGAUUUCUGGGAGGGCGAUAUUGCUGGAAUUGACUUGGACGAGAUGCGAGGAAAUACGGCUGCCAAUGCAGCCGAUAACGACAGUCUCCUGUGGCCUAACAAUACGGUCCCCUAUGAGUUCAGCACGCAACGUUCGGCGGCAUUCAGACUGUCGGAAAAGAAAAUGAUUAAGGAAGCGAUGGAUAUCAUUAUGCACUACACCGGCAACUGUGUACAGUUUGUGCCACGCACCAACGAAACUGACUACGUAAAAUUUCAAAAAAGCUUCCAGUGCCUGUCGAGUAUCGGUCGCGUGGGUCAGAAGCAGAUGAUCGAACUGACGUCGGACUGCAUGCGUCAUUACGGCUGUAUCCAGCACGAGCUGCUGCACACGCUGGGUUUCUACCAUGAACAGUCGCGGCUCGAUCGUGAUGAUUAUGUCAUCGUCAACUGGGACAACAUCGCGGCAGGUGUGCAAAAAUUGUCCCAAGUAGCGGCACACUGCGUAAGAUGAAUGGCCCUGUAUAUUGUAACGAUAGAAAAUCUUAGUACCGCCAGUUUGGAUUGUUAAUUGCUUUUCUACAUCAGUUAUUGGUUCAUUCGUUCCUUGUCUUCCUCAUUAAGAUCAUGUGAAUCAGCAUCUCAUUGUCUUACCGCUUUACCGCUACAAUCUCGAUGCUCUUAACUUUUACUUUUGCGCACUAGAAUCAUUCUUGGAUUUGCUUCUUGCCAGCUAGCUAACCUUGCUUUUUGCCUUCUUGCCCUGUGUACUUGCUAAUAAGAAUCUUGCCGUGA